GUAGUCUUUGGUGCAUUUUCGGUGGUCCUUGGAGCAUUACUAGUGGUCUUUGGUCGAUUUCCAGUGGUUUGUGGUGCAUUACCAGUGGUCUUUGGUGCAUUACCAGUGGUUUGUGGUACAUUUCCGGUGGUCUUUGGAGCAUUACCAGUGCGAAAAGUCAAUCAUGUAUCAAGUCAGCAAGAAUUAGAGGAAACAGGAGAUAAAUUUCGUAAAAUGUAA